AUGUCUUCAGACCCAUUAUCAGGCCACCCAGGUCAUCUUUCUGAAACUCAACAAGCCACUCUUGAACAGUUCAGACAAGAACUCACCGCUGAAGGUUCGAUCCCUGCCAACAGAGAAGAAUUAGCCACCAAAUUCGGAUAUGAUAGAUUCGAUGAUGUCACUUUACUUCGUUUCUUGAGAGCUAGGAAAUUCGAUGUUCCAAAAGCCAAGUUGAUGUGGACCGCUAAUGAGAAAUGGAGAAAAGAAUUUGGAGCUGAUGAAAUCGCUGCCAACGGAUUCGAUUACCCUGAACAAAGAGAAGUCGAUAAAUACUAUCCUCAAUUCUAUCAUAAAACAGAUAAAGAAGGAAGACCUAUAUACGUAGAACAAUUAGGUAAAUUAGAUAUAAAUAAACUAUACGCUAUAACAACCCAAGAUAGACAAUUAAAACAUCUAGUAUCUGAAUACGAGAAAUUUUUGGGUCCAAGAUGUAAAGCUUGUACUGAACAAUCUGGUCAUUUAGUUCAAACUAGUUGUACUAUUUUAGAUUUACAUAAUGCUGGUAUUUCAAGUUUCUAUAAAGUCAAAGACUACGUCGGCGCCGCUUCUGCCAUCGGACAAAACAACUCUGAUACAUGUGUUCAUUGGUCGCAGACGUACCCCGAAACCAUGGGUAACAUGUUUAUCAUUAACGCCCCAUACCUCUUCUCAACAGUAUGGUCAUUGAUCAAACCAUGGUUGGACGAAGCAACCGUUAGAAAAAUCCACAUCUUGGGUAAAAGCUACAAAGCAGAAUUACAACAAUACAUCUCUCCCGAAAACUUACCUUCUGAUUUGGGAGGUACUUGUAAAUGUCAAGGUGGAUGCAGUAUGUCAGACGCAGGUCCUUGGAACCCAACUGCUUAG